CUCAGAGCCCCCCUGUGGACGUUUCGAGAGCCGAGGGAGGCUGGCUUUUACCCAGAGACUCCUGAAUGCAGAUGGUGUGAGCAGUCAGGAGAAAAGUUUAUGACAGCUCUGUCUCUCUCUCCUCUCCUCCGAUCUGCUCACACUAUUUUAUGCACACAGCUGCCCCAUGGAGCUCUGUAAUUUUAUGGAUACAGCUACAGACGUUUCGCUGGGCUGUUUGUUUUUAAGGCAGUAAUGAACUUGUAUUGGACAGAGUCACAUUCUGGAUUGAAUCUUGGAUCUGAUUGAACCCUGAACCUUUUUGAAUCACAUACUGAAUUGUUUUGGAUCAUUUGGACUUUUUGGACAGCUUUUGUGUGGACAGCCCUGGAUAGCAGUUUUUAAGAGUGGUCUGUGGGUUUGGUCAUGGAAUAUCAGGCUGGCAGCAUGGGCAGCAGCCCACAGCAUGGACCCGUGUCAGGCAGACAGGGUGUUCAUCGUUGCGGCUGGCUCCGGAAGCAAGGAGGUUUUGUGAAGACCUGGCACACGCGCUGGUUCGUCCUACGAGGAGAUCAACUCUAUUACUACAAGGACGAGGACGAGACCAAAGCACUGGGCACCAUUUUUCUACCUGGCAACAGAGUCACUGAGCAUCCUAGCAAUGGGGAUGAAGGUGGAAAGUUCCUGUUUGAAGUCAUUCCAGGGGGCGACAGGGAGCGGAUGACAUCCAACCAUGAGACAUACCUACUUAUGGCCAGUACACAGAAUGACAUGGAGGAUUGGGUGAAGAGCAUCCGCAGGGUGAUAUGGGCUCCGUUUGGAGGAGGAAUCUUUGGUCAAAAGUUGGAAGAGACUGUUCGAUAUGAGCGUCGCUAUGGAAACAAAAUGGCACCCAUGCUGGUGGAGCAGUGUGUGGACUUCAUCCGGCGAUGGGGAUUACGAGAGGAAGGGCUUUUCCGUCUGCCUGGACAGGCCAACCUUGUCAAAGACCUCCAGGAUGCUUUCGACUGUGGAGAGAAGCCAUCUUUUGACUGUAAUACAGAUGUACACACGGUAGCCUCCUUGCUGAAGCUGUACUUGAGAGAGCUUCCUGAGCCCGUCAUUCCUUUCUGUAAAUAUGAUGAGUUUCUGGCCUGCACCAAACUCCUCAGCAAAGACCAGGAUGCAGGAACGAAGGAAUUAAGAAGGCAAGUGGAAAGUCUUCCUCUGGUGAACUACAAUCUGCUUAAAUACAUAUGCAAGUUUUUGGAUGAGGUGCAGUCAUACUCAGGGGUCAAUAAAAUGAGUGUACAAAAUCUGGCGACAGUUUUCGGGCCAAAUAUAUUGAGGCCAAAGGUCGAGGACCCAAUGACUAUAAUGGAAGGCGCAGUACUGGUCCAACAGCUAAUGGCCGUUCUGAUUGGUCAGCACGAUUUUAUUUUCCCACCCGAAGAGGACCAUACAAGCACUCUGGAAUUGGUCAAUAACAACAACAAUGAGCCGCAAAAACGACCAAUGAAUUGUCAACAACAAAACAAAGAGAACAACAACACCGCUGGCGGACGACAAUGCACCUGGGACACUCCCGAAUCACCCAGCCGGGUCCCAUUGGACAAUGGCUCUCCCCGCCUGGGAAGCCCUCGUAAUAGUUUUACAGGUCCGCGAUUCGAGGUAACCCGUAGCCCGCCUCUUACGGUGAAAAAGAACCCAGCGUUCAGUAAAGGCAGUGGAAUUGUCACUAACGGCUCCUUCAGCUCAUCAUCUUCUUCCUCAGGCGACGCCAAUCAAGAGAAGAGCCAGACUUUGCCCAACAUGUGCACCCUGCAGACCCGACGGGCAGGCGCGAUGAAAGGCUCAGGCACCAAGAUGGGGGUUCUGAAUGGUGUUGUGCGAAUGGGCGUGUCCAGCACGGACGGGACGAACGGGACUCUAAAUGGGCAUAAUGGACUCUGGACGCCCAGUGGUCAUGUAGCAAUGCGUGAGGGGAAAGCUCGAGACACAGAGCACCAGCAGAAUCGCUUGUCCACGUACGACAACGUCCAUAUCCAGCAGCAGAUGCAACAGAUGCAGCCCAGUCUCAGCAGCAGCUGUGAGGACAAGCAGAGCGUGGACAGUGCCACCUGGUCCACGUCGUCUUGUGAGAUCUCUCUGCCAGAGAACUCCGCCUCUUGUCGCUCUUCUACAACAACUUGUCCAGAGCAGGACUUCUUUGGCAGCAAUUUUGAGGACCCGUUGUUGGACGGGCCAGUACAGGAGGACAACGGACUGGUACCAGAGGACAGGGAGCAGAGUACCAAUAAUGGAGGAGGUCGGGGGAGCAGAGGAACAAGCAGUAGCGAAAACAGUGAAACGGCAUUUGCUGUCAUCAAUGGACCGACCAAUCACAGUGCACUGCACAGCCUGGUGGCCAGCCUCAAACAGGAAAUGCUCAAGCAGAAGAAUGAAUAUGAGGCCAGAAUCAAGAGUCUGGAACAUCGUAAUCUAGAGUUGGAGACAGUGAUGGCGAAUCUCCACGAAGAGUUGGACCAGGAGAAGAAGAAAUACACCAUGGUGGAGAUCAAGCUGAGAAACGCUGAGCGAGCCAAGGAAGAUGCGGAGAAGAGAAACGAAAUGCUACAAAAAGAGAUGGAGCAGUUCUUCUCCACUUUUGGAGAUCUGACUGCAGACCCGCGACGACCUGAUAGAGCCAACACCAUCUGGAUCCAGUGAGAUGUGGUGGAUGGUACCAUUUCGUUCAAGCUUGUGUUGAGAACCAUCUACCAUAAACAAUCACUCAAUGACCAGUUUUGUUACAUUGUGUGGGCUGUGACAGACAGAAUCUGACUAUAUUACCUUGUCCUGAAUUGGCUUGUCCUCAGUCAUUGUUUCUUGCCCAUUUGGUGCAAAGAUUCGACACAGCUGAGUGAAGCCUACUGAGCCCAAUUUCAAAAUGAACAAGGACCAGUCGUGAAAAUGUUGUUGGACUAAACCAUUUGGAUUCAUUGCUCCUUGGAUCCCAAGAACAAAGUAAGACAGGGAAAUGGUUUGAAAUAUGGUCGUGUUUUGGAAAUACAACACUUGAAAUGAGUGUCAUAAAUGGAUAGAAGAGGAUUCUGACUUUUUGAAAUUUUAGGGUCUGCUCUCUGAAAGAGUUAAAAAGGAACUUUGAUGGUUGACUGUUGCAGAUUGUUGCUGUUGAAUUUGUGACCAGAAUGAACAGUAUAUCUUAGAAGAUGGGUAAACACCUGAAGGACAACUGAACCAUGAAUGUUUCUCACAUUUCUUAUUGUGAUCCAACCAAAUGUGUCCUUGAUCUGUCACGUUGUCAUAUAUCCACAUGUGUAUAUAUAAGGCAAAACAAUGUUAAAAAUUCCACAAUGAAAAACUAUGUCUGUAUAAAUGCAAAUCAAAGUAAUAUGUUGAUGUACUAAUAUUUAAAGAGAAUUCUCCAUGUGUUACAUACAAAAUUUAUAUCAAGGCUUUUCCUUGCACUUAAAAAUCUUAAAAAACAUUUUUUUUUUCGACAUGGUACAGAUAUGAGAUUAUGUGGCAUACAUUUGCAUAUUAUUCCCUCUUGUCUUCCCUCACACUUUUUUCCAACAUUUCAUCGUUACAUCCAAAUUGCCACAGAGCUUGCCACACGACCAAAAACAUGUAAAUACGUACGAAAAAAAAUGGUGUACACUUGGCCUGUCUUUGACAUUCUUACCAAUAGCACAUUAUGUUUUAAGCAGCGCUAGACAGAAAUAAAUCUAUUAAAAUAAAGACCAAGGUGUGACAGUUCAAACCUGUUAAAGGUGAUACUGAGUUGUCUCAGCGUUGUUUGCAUUGUCUGUUUUUAAUUCUUGCCAUUGUCCAUGCUUCUACUGUGGCUUCAUACAUUCAGUGAAAUGCAGUUAAAUUAAAUUAUGUGACCUAAUUUUAA